GUGGUGGGGGAGGGGUUGGACCGAGACACGCUACCCAAGGCGUCGACCAUCCAUGACCCUGGAGCGCUCAGCCUUCUGACGACGCACGACUGCUCACUUCUCCCACCGACAGCUCGAAGCUGUUCUUCUAGCGGCGCCAUGCCGUUCCACCACAACAAUCCGCAGCAGUUCAACCUGGCGGCUGGGCUGGGGCAGGCCGCGCAAUUGGGCUCGAUUGGGUCACCGAUGGGCAACUUGAGAACGGCCACGGCCGGCACAACAGCAGCAGGUACAGAUGCGUUCGCGCCUUCCAGCGCAGGCGGGAACCAGGACGAGUUGCACGUAUCGACGCCAGCAUCUGCCCAGCAGCCGCCGCAACAGCAGCAGCAGCAGAUGUACAAUCAGUCUGACCAGUACGCGGGCUCGGCGCCCAAUAUCAGCCUUGAGCAAGCCACCCCCCAGGGCUCUCACUACAGUACGCCUGCCACUUUACCUGGCAGCCUCCAGCCUGCGCAACGUCCAGGACCUUCCUCCGCGAACACUGCGCCGACCGUGCCCACCCAGAACAUCGUCAGCAACGCCAACUCGUACACACUACCCACGCGCUCCAACACCAUAAGCCAGUCGCAGCACUCCUCCUCGCAUACCUACUCGCGCUCGAGCCCAGCUGGCAUGGGCCCUGACCAGAAAUACAUUCCUUUCUCGAACACCCCUGAGCAGUCCAAGUACACAGUAUCUACACCUUCGCAGAAGUACUACCCCUCGACCCCUACCACCAAUGCAUCGCAUUCACCACUAGGGCUGGCUGACAUCAGGCCGCGCGCAAACUCGAGCAUGGACCCAGAAGGCCUAGGACCAAACAACGCCUUCGUCAGCGAGCAGAACAAGACUCCCUCGAACAGCAACUAUCUUGCGCCCUGGAGUAUAUACGCCUACGACUGGUGUAAAUGGAACAUACCAGGCGGUAACAGCGCUGGAAAGAUGGCCGUCGGAAGCUACAUCGAAGAUAACCACAACUUCAUACGUAUCUUGGACACCCAAAUAACACCUCAACACGAUUCUGCCCCUGGCACAUCACCGUAUGGUCUCGAGUACAAUGCGAUCGCCGAGGCCACCUGCUCCUUUCCCGUCACUCGUAUACUGUGGGAGCCUCCAUCGUCACAAAAGCAGUCGACCGAUCUUCUCGCGACUUCUGGCGACCAUCUGCGGCUAUGGUCACUUCCUCAGCCGUCAGGCAACAAUUUGAGCAACACGAUAUCACGGACGUCGUCAGUGAAUACCAGAGAACCUCAGCUGCCAAAGCUCACGCCGCUUGCUCUUCUGUCCAACUCCAAGACCCCCGAGCAUACCGCACCACUGACGUCUCUUGAUUGGAACACCAUGUCGCCUAAGCUCAUUAUCACCUCCAGUAUAGACACAACCUGCACAAUAUGGGAUAUUCCAACGCUCACGGCCAAAACACAGCUGAUUGCACACGACAAGGAGGUGUUUGACGUCCGCUUUUGCGCAGGAAGUGUCGACGUUUUCGUGAGCUGCGGCGCUGACGGUAGUGUUCGCAUGUUUGACCUUCGAAGUCUAGAGCACAGCACCAUCAUUUAUGAGCCGUCUGAUAAGAACAACGACAAAGACAAAGGCUCACCAACGGGCCGUAUGUCCCCAACAAAAGCUCAACAGACCAUGUCUUACGCGCCUCCUCUUCUUCGUCUUGCUGCCUCUCCACACGAUUCGCACCUCCUCGCCACCUUCGCACAAGACUCGAACGUCGUCCGCAUUCUCGACGUACGGCAGCCAGGGCAAGCGCUUCUUGAGCUUCGUGGACACUCUGCAGCACUUAACAGCAUUGAGUGGAAUCCAUCCCGAAGAGGCAUGCUUGCUUCUGGCGGAGAUGACUCUCUCGUACUUGUCUGGGAUCUCCUGCAUGCGAAUACUGGCGCUGCAAUCAGCAGCGAGCACGCUGCUUCCGCACCUCCUGCUCCAGCGACCGCACAACCGACCAACAACGGUACAGGCGCCCAAAAUGUUCCAGUAGGACAAAAGGGCCCAUACGCCAGCUGGCAAUGUGACUAUGAGGUCGGCAACAUCAGUUGGGCACCGCAAAGCGCUCUGACAGGGCAAGGAGGUGAUUGGGUUGGUGUUGCUGGAGGGAGAGGCGUUUGGGGCGUCAAGUUGUGAUGACGAUAUCAAACUCAAAGUGAUCAUUUAGAGCGGAUGCUUAUACGAUGAGCAACGCAGUGUACGAAUGACGAGAACGGUAUGUGCUUCGAGCAUACUUUUGGGGGUUUAAGGAUUACUAUCUUCAACAAGCAACUUGGGGCGUUCUGGGGCCACUUUGACCUAUAUCACAAGAUAUCUGCAGCUCGAAAGACAACACAAAAACAUAUAUUCUCACACCAUUAUGCUGAAGAGUUUGAAACAAUCAAG